CGGGCCGUCACCGAUCCGGGCCAGUGCGCAGGCGCGGGAAGGUUGACGUCAUAAAGAAAAGUUUACACAAGCCGUGGAAGAGACGGGGACGGCGGGGCCCGGGACCAACCCCCUCUCUCACAGGUGCCCCCAUGGCAGGCUCGGAAGAGCUGGGGCUCCGGGAGGACACGCUGAGGGUCCUAGCUGCCUUCCUUAGGCGAGGUGAGGCUGCCGGGUCCCUCGUUCCAACCCCAGCCAGGAGCCCUGCCCAGGAGGAGCCAACAGACUUCUUGAGCCGCCUUCGAAGAUGUCUUCCUUGCUCCCUGGGGCGAGGAGCAGUUCAGCCUGAAUCCCCUCGGCCUUGCUCCUUGCCCCUCCACCCCUGCUAUGGUUCAGAGCCUGGCCCAGCUACUCCAGACUUCUAUGCCCUGGUGGCCCAGCGGCUGGAACAACUGGUCCAAGAGCAACUGAGAUCCCCACCUAGCCCAGAGUUACAGGGUCCCCCGCCCACAGAGAAGGAAGCCCUGCUGCGGAGGCUGGUGGCCUUGCUGGAGGAGGAGGCAGAAGUCAUGAACCAGAAGCUGGCCUCGGACCCGGCCCUGCGCGGCAAGCUGGCCCGCCUCUCCGCCGGCUCCUUCGCCCGCCUGGUGGAGCUGUUCUCCAGCCGCGAGGGCGCCCCGUGCCCCGCCCGCGCACGCCCCUUGUCGCCGUGCCCCGGGCCCCCGCCGCCUUCCCCGGAGCCCCUGGCCCGCCUGGCCCUGGCGAUGGAGCUGAGCCGCCGCGUGGCCGGCUUGGGGGGCACCCUGGCUGGACUCAGCGUGGAGCACGUGCACAGCUUCGCGCCCUGGAUCCAGGCCCACGGGGGCUGGGAGGGUAUCCUGGCCGUGUCACCCGUGGACUUGAACUUACCCCUGGACUGAGGUCUUCCUGAGAAGCUGCUACGAGACACGUCCCUGCUCUCUCUGUGCCUUUUCCAAGCCUUCCUAGUCCACUCAGGGCUGUGGGGUGGUGGCUGCCCUCCGUUUUUGCCAAAAAGAAAUUGUUUACCAUUUUUUCAUAUUAAAAACAUUUUCAAGUA